UCUGUCUGUCUGUGUGUCUGUCUGUGUGUGUGUCUGUGUGUGUGUCUGUGUUUACAGACUCAGUGGGAUGUUCAGUGAGAGACAGACACAUGUGAAAGCUGCUACCUCCAGCGUGGAAAGGAGAAGGCUUGCAGUUAUGUGUGGACUGUACCCUCUUUAUUCAUUUGUCAUUUGUUCUCGUUUUUUUCCUAAACGUGCAUUCUGGCAGAAUAUUGAAGAAAGAGAAGAAUAAGCGUCUUUAACCACAGAAAAAGAAAAAAAGGAAAGCUUCAGUGGAUUUACAGUGGGAUAAUGACGGAAUUCACACUCUAACUUUGGAAAAUUAAUCUCAGCUCUGUAGUGAUGUUCCGCUUUUUGCUGCAGGCAUUAAAUAAUUAUUGUGAGUUUAUGGCGGAUUUCAGGAGUUAGUUUAGUUUUACAUUUGCAUUGCGUUUAGUGACUAUUGUGGAAAUAAAAAGUGAGAGCUGAGACACGGAGCUGUGCAACUUCACUGAAGCCACGCUUGACUUGACUAGCCUGCUAGCGUUAGCUUUAGCAUUAGCGAAAGAAUAAGUGUAUAAAACUUAUAUCAGCAUUAAAAUAUAGCAGACAGUGUGACUAACAUUUUGUCUUUUACUUGCGUUAUUUCUAUAAGUGUGUAAAUGACUGCCUCGGAGGCGGGAAUUAAAAGUUCUGAACCCUUUUUUUCACUAGGAAAGUUAGCAUUGCGCUAGUUUGUCGUUUUGGCUUUGCGAGCUAGCCAGAGGGGAAUUUUAUCCUCUCUCUGGCUAAAAUACAAAAUAAUCCUGUCCAACAUGAAGAUUUUGGAAAGAUGGAUAAGCAAUAAUGCCGUCCAAGACGACAGUGUUUUGUGACGGCUGCUCUGGGUGAAGCUAAGCUAAUUCAAUCACAGCAUGCUAGUCAGUUAUGCUAGCUAAGCUGGAUAACUAAACGCGUUUAACUUUUCCUCAGCGCCUGUGACUUUUUUGGUUAUGUUUUUUCUUCGUAUACUGAGUAUCGUCUGUGUGUAAAAAUAUAUUUUUUGGCAAAAGAAACACUUUUUGGAUUAAAAAAAAAUGAAGCUCCGGAGUUUGUUUGGGUUUUUUCUCUGUGUUGGUGUUGUGUGGAACUGGCCACAGAGCAGUGCAGAAAUUUGUCCGAGUAAGGACAUCAGGAACAGCGUGGCUAACCUGCGCACUCUGGAGAACUGCACGGUGAUUGAGGGCCACCUGAAGAUUCUGCUGAUGUUCCACACGAAAGCCGAGGACUUCCGGGGUCUGAGCUUCCCCAAGCUGACAGUGGUGACGGAUUACCUGCUGCUGUUCCGCGUGUAUGGCUUGGAGAGCCUGAGUGACCUGUUCCCCAACCUCACUGUCAUCCGAGGUAACAACCUGUUCUUCAACUACGCCCUGGUCAUCUUCGAGAUGCUGCAGCUGAAGGAGAUUGGACUGCACAGUCUGAUGAACAUCACACGCGGCGCUGUGCGGCUGGAGAAGAACCCGGACCUGUGUUACCUCUCCACACUCGACUGGUCCCAGAUCCUCGACUCUGUGGAAGACAACUACAUUGUGGCCAAUAAAAACGAGGGAGAGUGCGGAGACGUGUGUCCCGGCAUGGCCAAAGGCAAAACCAUCUGUUCUCAGACCACCAUCAACGGUCAGUUUGGAGCACGCUGCUGGACGCAACGACACUGCCAACAAAUGUGUCCAUCAGUGUGUAAGGCGAGGGCGUGUACAGUGGACGGACAGUGCUGUCACUCUGAGUGUUUGGGAGGGUGUGUGAAGCCGGACUCAGCAGCCGACUGUGUGGCGUGUCGUCACUUCCUGCAUGCAGGGGUGUGUGUGGAGGCCUGUCCCUCUGGCUUUCUCUCCUUUAAGGGGUGGCGGUGUGUGAGCCCCGCCUAUUGCCACGCCCUUCACACACAGUGCACUCGCAACACGCAGGACCAAGACUGCAGCUCCUACGUCAUCCACCAGGGGGCAUGUGUUCCGGAGUGUCCCUCAGGGUACACCACUGUCAACUCAACAACGCUGAUGUGUACACCGUGUGCAGGAAUGUGUCCUAAAGUGUGUGUGGGAGAGAAAACGGUGGACUCGGUGACGGCGGCCCAGGCACUGCGGGGCUGCACACUGCUCAACGGCAGCCUUAUCAUCAACAUCCGAGGAGGAAAUAACAUCGCAGCAGAACUGGAAGCUAAUCUGGGUCAGCUGGAGGAAAUCACAGGAUACCUGACGGUGCGUCGCUCCUAUGCUCUCGUCUCUCUUUCUUUCUUCAGAAAGCUCAGACUGAUCCGCGGAGAGACGCAGGAAAGGGGGAAUUACUCGUUCUUCGCCCUGGACAAUCAGAACCUGCGUCAGCUGUGGGACUGGUCCAAACACAACCUCAGCAUCCUGCAGGGCCGGAUGUUCUUCCACCACAAUUCCAAACUGUGUCUGAGUGAGAUCCGCAAGAUGGAGGAGGUAACAGGGACGAGAGAGAGACAGCCAAAGAACGACAUCGGCUUCAAAACCAACGGAGACCAGGCAUCAUGUGAGUACCGGGUGUUGAAGUUCACGACAAUCCGGACUGUUGCAGAUAAAAUCAUGAUUAAAUGGGAGCCAUUCUGGCCGCCAGACUUCAGGGAUCUGCUGGGCUUCAUGGUGCUGUAUAAAGAAGCGCCAUACAGAAACGUGACAGAGUUUGACGGACGGGAUGCAUGCGGCUCUAACAGCUGGGUGAUUGCAGAUGUGGAUCCUCCUCAGCGCUCCAGUGAUGGCCGACAGCACCAGGAACCUGGAUUCCUCAUUGUGGCCUUAAAGCCCUGGACUCAGUAUGCCAUCAUGGUUAAAGCCCAGCUCUCCACCUCUGACGAGCACCAGGCUCACGGGGCCAAGAGCCACAUCAUCUACGUCCGCACCAACGCCACCAAGCCAUCUGUCCCGCUGGACCCGAUCUCAUCCUCCAACUCGUCCUCUCAGAUCAUCCUGAAGUGGAAACCUCCGAACGACCCCAACGGCAACAUCACACACUAUGUAGUGUCCUGUCUACAGCAGCCUGAGGCCAGCGAGCUCUACAAGUUUGAUUACUGCCAGAAAGGCAUGAAGCUGCCGUCUCGAGUCCCCACGCAGGUGGACAGUAAGGAGGGACAGAAGUGGAAUCAGACAGAGGAGUCAGGACAGAGUGAGCUCUGCUGCCCGUGUCCUAAAACUGAGAAACAGCUGAAGAAAGAGGCAGAGGAAAGCGAGUACCGCAAAACGUUUGAGAAUUACCUGCACAACGAGGUCUUCCGCAUCAGGCCGUCCCGUCAGCGCAGAUCCCUCAUAGGGGUGGCCAACAGCACAAUCUCUGCCUCCCUCACCACGCCCACUCCCCUGCCCAGCCUGAGUCCGGAGGAGGAGGCGGAGUCAAAUAAGAUUAUCCAGUCUGUCUAUGGUAAGGAGUCGACAGUGAUCUCCAACCUGAGACACUUCACCAGCUACCAGAUUGAGAUUCAUGCUUGCAACAACCAGCCGGGUGACCCUGAGCGCUGCAGCAUGGCCGCCUAUGUCAGCGCUCGCACCAUGCCUGAGGAUCACGCUGAUGACAUCCUUGGGCAGAUUCUUUUUAACGUUGUUGAAUAUUCAGUUCACAUCAGAUGGGCGGAGCCAAAAGCCCCGAAUGGCAUGAUCAUCCUGUAUGAGGUGAACUACAAGAGACUGGGAGAUACAGAGGAGCUGAGUCACUGUGUGUCCAGGAAAAGCUACAUCAGUGAUGGUGGCUGCCGGUUGAGAGUGGUGCAUCCUGGGAAUUACACUGUGCGAAUCCGAGCCACAUCACUGGCAGGAAAUGGGUCCUGGACUGAACCUGCGUACUUUUACGUCAAAGAUCUCCGUGUGGAUCCCUCUAACAUGUUAAAGAUUAUCGUCAUCCCGGUGGUGUGUGUCGUGUUGGUGGUGCUGAUGGCGACGGCUGGAUUCGUCAUGUUCAGAAAGAAGCAAGCAGAAGGACCAACUGGACGUCUGUACACUUCGCCAAACCCAGAAUAUCUGAGUCCAGAUGAAAUGUACGAGCCGGAUGAGUGGGAGGUGGCACGGGAGAAGAUCACCCUUCUGCGUGAGCUGGGUCAGGGCUCGUUCGGGAUGGUGUAUGAGGGUGUGGCUCGUGAUGUGGUGAAGGGUGAAGCUCAGACGCGUGUCGCAGUGAAGACCGUUAACGAGGCGGCCAGUCUCCGAGAGAGGAUCGAGUUCCUCAAUGAGGCCUCCGUGAUGAAGGCUUUCAGCUGUCACCACGUGGUGAGACUGCUGGGUGUGGUCUCUAAAGGCCAGCCUACUCUGGUGGUGAUGGAGCUGAUGACGCACGGAGAUCUGAAGAGCUACCUGCGCCGUCUCCGACCUGACUCUGAGAAUAACCCGGGCCGUCCUCCCCCAACACUGAGGGAGAUGAUGCAGAUGGCAGCGGAGAUCGCAGAUGGAAUGGCAUAUCUCAAUGCUAAAAAGUUUGUGCACAGAGACCUGGCGGCCAGAAACUGCAUGGUAUCCGAAGAUUACACUGUCAAGAUCGGCGACUUUGGGAUGACGAGGGACAUCUAUGAGACAGAUUAUUACAGGAAGGGAGGUAAAGGACUGCUUCCUGUCAGAUGGAUGGCACCCGAGUCUCUGAAGGACGGAGUGUUUACUGCGCACUCAGACUGCUGGUCGUUCGGCGUGGUCCUGUGGGAGAUUAGCACGCUAGCCGAGCAGCCGUAUCAGGGUCUGUCUAAUGAGCAGGUGCUGAAGUUUGUGAUGGAUGGAGGAUUUCUGGAGCGGCCGGAUAACUGCCCCGACAGACUUCACAGUCUGAUGCAGAUGUGUUGGCACUACAACCCGAAGCUGCGUCCUGCAUUUCUGGAGAUCAUCGAGAUGUUGAGAGAUGAGCUCCAUCCAUCCUUCACUGAUCUGUCAUUCUUCUACAGCGAGGAGAACCGGAUCCGAGCACGGGAUAGUGAUGACUUCGACAUGGACGUGGAGAACAUGGAGAGCAUCCCUCUCUCGUCCUACUCUCCUGGGGAUGAGGGAGAUGAGGGAGAUGAGGGGACGUACGAAGGACUCAUCCCCUACACACACAUGAACGGGGGAAAGAAAAAUGGACGUGUUCUUUCACUCCCUCGAUCCAGCCCCUCUUAAUGUAUCAUUAGCACCCCAAAGCCCUGCCCCCUUUUCCCAAUUAACAAGCUAGGAUAGAUUUAUUUUUCUUCUUCGCUGGUUUUUAUAGAACCACUUUUUAUCACUUCCUGUUUUUCCAUUGGACCCGCCCAUCUCUGGACUUAAGGCUGCGUCCCAAAAGCUUGCUAAACUAGCAGUUAGCAAAUGAGCUAGCAUUCUACAUAAAUCAGCAUUUAGCUCAAGAGGACAAAGGGAUGCUAAACACAUGAGUUUUAGCUAUCUACAUAGCUUUUUUUUUAGCAGGCAUGUCUGGGUUAAAAAGGGUGGGGCUUAAGUUAAAUAUAAUAAGUUUAAUCACAAACAUGAUCAAACUUUCUUUUAAAUUAUUCAGCUUGAUGUAGCUAAUGCAUAAAAUAAUGGUAAAAUAUAUAAUUGUUUAGCUAAGCUAAUAUUAGCUAAGCAAGCCAGCCACACCAACAUUAUCCAGCUAAGUUAAUGUUAAUUGUCUAGCAGUAGAUACCUGCAGUUAAGUGGCUAGCCUAGCUUGCCCGCAAGAUAAACCGCCAUGUUGAUAUCACAUGAUCAAGUUUGUGUUUGGCUGAGCAAGUUUUAUCUUAAGUGCCACCCUGGAACUCCUGUCAGUCAGCAAAACCAGGAAGUGUCAACACUCUGUUUCAGAUAAUGUAGCUAAUUAUAUAGUUUAUCACUACACACUCGGUAAGCGCAGUGCAUUAUGAGUAACACUGACAUGUAAACAAACUAGCUGUGUUAGAAUGGCUUGAGCAUUUGGGGCGGAGCCAUGACGUUCCUGUGCCUGUGUGCCACAUGCAUGCCGCUGCUCGUUUUUCGUGUACGUAGAGAAGCUGCACUCAUUUCCUACACAUCACUUUAUAUUCAGCCGAGAGGACGCUGAGUGUUCCACGCCCCAAACACGAACAAACUGUGAACAAACUGUGGACCGCCACCAGUCAGAAGGCUGCUUCAGCUCACUCUGUCGCUUCACAGAGAAAUGAGGGGGAGAGAGAGAGAUUCGGGUGGGGGAUGGGGGAUGAGAGGACAAUUAAAGUGGCCUUAUUGUGUGUUUAUGUCCAAAAACCUCCCAGAACAAAACUCAGUGCUCACAGUGACAUCUGUCUCUCUGUCUGUGUCUCUCUGUCUGUGUCUCUCUGUCUGUGUCUCUCUGUCUGUCUUUGUCAACAUUUAAGUGCAAAACUUUGCAUCCCCUUUGAAUGAAGAACAUUUACACCAGCAAAAAGUUCAGUUCCUUCAUUGUCAAUCGGAACAUAUUCAUAGUAAUAAAAAUGAAAUAUAACUUCAAACAUUUAUGUCCCAGUUGUUUCUUCCCGGUUGACUCCACCCCCUGACUCUGGCCAGGUGACUCUGCCCCUUGACUUUGCCUGAUUGCUUGGCCAAUCUAUGUUUCUUUAAUUUCAGACUAUUUUUCUGUUAAUUUGGAUUAUUAAAAAAAAAAUCCAAUAAUCUUGUAUCAGGAGAAUCUUUUUAUGGAUAAAUCGUAAUCCAGUGCUAUAAUUCUCUUUAGCUCAAGAAAAAAAUGAAGGAUGCAAACUUUUGCUUGUCUGUGUGUGUCACUCUCACUGUUUCUCUCUGUCUCACACUCUCUUUCUUGCUUUUUAUUUUUUCAUUUUUAUCCCCAUCUCGCUCUCUAUCCGAGUUUUAUCUCUCAUAUAUUUAUGCAUAUAUAUAUAUAUAUAUAUAUAUAUAUAUAUAUAUAUAUAUAUAUAUAUAUAUAUAUAUAUAUAUAUAUUUAUGCAUAUAUAUAUAUAUAUAUAUUUAUGCAUAUAUAUAUAUAUAUAUAUAUAUACGUGUAUGUUUUUUCUUGUCUUUCCUUCUUGUUUGGCCUUUCUUUAUUCCUCUCUCUCUCUCUCUCUCUCUCUCUCUCUCUUCUCCCUGUUCAGUAUUGUUGUCCACACAGAUGAUGGAUAGAUGUGUGUAGAAUGUAUUUAUGUUUUUCUGUAUUAUCUCUGUGUUAAAGCUGAAGGACACUAUACAACUGUAUCACUAAAUUGUGCACACACACACACGUUCCUACUGACCUCAGAGCCUUGCCAUUACAUUGUUAAAUGGGAGUGUGUCUUGAUGCUAUGAGGCAUUACCAUGACAACAGCUGAGAGAAGAUUUUACUAUUCAAAGCCGAAUCCUUCAGUGCUCACAUGCCUCAGACGACAGAUUAGCGAGUGUAGCUGCUCAGAGUUAGCUCACUUAAUGUUAGCAUUAGCAACAUAUUCAGUUUGUAGUCACUGCCAGUUAAGUGGUUGUUUAUAUCUCAGACCCCUGAUUCACAGUUUUGAGUUUAUUUACAUUUUUAAUGACAGUAACAUAAGCCUGUGCUGUUUUGAGUUGUUGUCAUGGUGACAAAGCUCUGACGUCUCUAGAUUAAAGGAACAGUUCAGCCAAAAUUGAAAUGUACAGAAUCUUAAGCUAUGGUGUGUGUGUGUGUGUGUGUGUGUGUGUGUGUGUGUGUGUGUGUGUGUGUGUGUGUGUGUGUGUGUGUAUGUGAGUGUGAGAACAGACAGAUCUGACCAGUAGGUGCUGCUUUGAUAAAUAUUUUAUUGGGUUAUGGAUGAGAUGCACCUUUUGCAUCUUUAAUCUUUAUUAUUAUUAUUAUUAUUAUUAUUAUUAUUGUUGUUCUCUUUUUCUAAUACUGAAAUCAUACUAAUCUUCCUCUUGCCCAAGUGUUGUAGACGCCUGAGCUUCCAGGUGUUAAUACGUUUCUGCUGUUAAUAAAAGCAACGAGGUGCAUUCAA